AAUGAUAUAGAAUUGUAUACACAGCGGGAGUUAUUUGCGGCGAAAGCAGACAGUGGUGCGACAGCUGUAGAUCGUAAGCUCUCGUCCUCAUCAGCAGGCAGCAUGAAGAAUAAAUGGUUAAAGGCCUUCCGCAGUCUGAAGCCGCCCAGCGCGCCUCCACCUCACGCCGCACCACCAGACAAGAGGAAUGGAGCGGCUCGUGAAGCGAUGCGAUCGGGAGACUCGGAGGCUCACAACUUCCAAGAAUACACCUAUAAGAAAAUAACGCCGUGCGACGUUUGCUCACAAGUCCUUAGAGGGCACACUAGGCAAGGACUCCGUUGUCGCCUAUGCAAGAUGAACGUGCACACAGACUGCAUGCCUCAAGUCGGCAAGUGCCAGACCAAGUCGCGACUCCUGCGCCGCCAGAAGAGCACCUCGGAAAUAGAGUCGCAUCGGGUGCAAGAAACCGCCUUCGAUGAUGAAAAGGAGGAAGUGGAUCAGACGUACCAAGUUCUGAAGCGGGCCAACGAAAUAGCGAAGCCGGGCGGCGGGGAUUCGCGCGGGGGCCCGGUAGUGCGCGUGUCGGCGCCCGAGGAGCCGGCUGCCGCCGCGCGCUCGUCGGCGCGGCCCGGCGCCGGGCUGAGCGGGGUUGGGCGCCUGGCCGUCGCGCCGCCCGUCUCCUCCAGCUCAGGCGCGGCGGCGCGACCCGACGGCGGCGUGCGGCGGAGACUCUUCGCCGGCGUCAAGAGUUUGUCGAUGGGUUCGCGAUCGCGCCGCGGCUCGCCGCAGCACCGAUCCAUUUCGCUGCCGGAAACGCCGCAUUCACCGAGACGUCAAAAGUUGAACCUUAGAAUGAAGAGCUUAUCGCUGGACUCGCCGGAAUGUGGAGAGCUGAGGCGCCGGCCGCCGCGCGACCACCCGCCCGCGCAGGGCAGCCGCGUCCUGUGUAAAUGCAGAGCAAAUUGCAUGAGACAUGGCUUUAAUAGCGUAAAUAUCUACACCAUUUAUAGUCACACACGCUCAUCGCCAUCGUCGCCAGUUCAUAGUAGGCGAUUAUUGAGUGCCCGUGGAGGUCGAAUGAGUAGCGUGGAACUCCCUGACGAGCCUGACAAGAGCCUGUCUUCAAAUAGUGCCAGCCCUUGCCCCUCACCUGUCAAACAACCGAGCAAACACCAACGGCUUCUGCCGACAAAUCUAUAUGUGAUUCUUUACAACUUCAAAUCACGCCAUGCUGAUGAGCUUGACCUCAAGGCUGGGUACAAAGUAACCGUCAUCGACACCUCUGAUCCUGAUUGGUGGAAGGGAAAAUGUUUAGGCAAGAUCGGAUACUUCCCUUCCAAAUACUGCACUAAGCUACAGGCAGGCGAGAGACCGCUUCAAGUCACGCAUAAUCUCCAAGUAUCUGACGGUGACAAUGGACUGAUGCUUCUCCGCGAUCAGAUCGUGAUCCAAGUAGGCGAUGAAGUUGACGGCAUGGUGAUGAUUCGCUCCGGAGACAACCCAGGAGUGUGUCCUGUGAAGUUCCUACAGGAAGUGUGACGCUUCAAGCUACCUCACUUCGAUAUCAUGAAAAAACGCGGCUCUCUAACGGACGACAAGAUCAGACACUACGAACCCAAAACAAUACGCAGCGCGCCGGUCAC